CUGUUUUCAUUUCUGUUUUCGACUUGCCGCGUAACGGUUUUGUCAUCGCUCGCGAGUAACCGCACACACAGCGAGGCUCGCACGCAACAACAGCAGCAGCAGCCCGCACCCACUCUUCACACCUUUUCUGGAAGACUCAAGUCUAGACUAAGCUUAGCUUACAAGAGAGUGUUCCGAAACAGGACAACGGUUUUUCCUUUUUUUAGUUUGUUUGAUUUGUUCGUUUAGUUAAUCUGUGUUUCUUCCCUCGUUCGUAUUCUGUUCUGCGGCUGUGAAAGACAUACUGCAAUUAGUUACUCUCUUCUGUUCUCCACCCAUCGCGCCCACAACCAACUGUAUUUGAGUGUGUGUCUGUGUUGUUAUCAUCGAAACACACAUUUAACUCGUAAAUAAAUCAACGCGCGUGUGUGUGUGUAUGUGUGUCGCUUUAUCAGAGAAGCCAAAGCAGGCAAGCGCACAUAGAGACAAAGCAACAGAGAACGAGCCGCGCGACUCGAUAAAGCAAAGUCAAGAAGCAGCAAAGUAACGGAGGUCGUCAUUCGAUUCCCCUGCACUUUUGCCAAUUAACCUGCAUUGAGAGCGCCACAGAGCAGCGCAGCGCUAAUCAGCGAAUCAAUCAAAUGAAGCAAAAUAUCCGUUUUACCGUCGCUCUCUAUGGUUGCUGAGUAAAAGGCUCGCCCCAGUGCUCACACAGAGGGAACUCGCGGGAAACAGCUUCCUCCACAAAAGUCAACAAAUGAAAACCAAUAAAAACAAUAUAGAAAACAGCAAGCGCUUGAGUGUGAACAAUCGUCUCAGGAAACGGGAGAAUCAAAGCAUUUUGCGUAUACAAAGCUACACGUACAAGUGUCUGAAUCAUAAUCCGAGCACCGAGGCACUCACUUGACCAGAGACGAAAGCCAGCAGCCAGCGGCCAGCACAUUGAUUCGUGUGUGUCGCAAGACUUUGCCAGUUGCAGUUGCAGUGUGGCUUCAAAAUCAAACUAAAGAGAGAGAGAGAGAGAGAGAUAGCGAGACCCUGAAAACUGAAACUGAAUCUAAAGUGCAGCCAGCAAGCAAAGCAAGCAACAAAAAACUCUAAGC